UGGGGAUACUUUGAGUGUAGGUAAAAAUGAAGUCAAACAAGGUUUUUGAUGCUUCUAAAAGGAACAAUGUGAGAUUCAUUCAACCAAGUGCUUUGAGGAAAAAUGUAAGAAAGAGGCAGUCAUUUGAAAAUUUAAUUUCAACGGAUGAUGCUAUCAAUCAUAGAACCAUGGAUAGCAGAGUUUCGUCUAGAAGAGCACAUGGUGCAAGGACAUCUUCAGACACUGAGCCUAUUGCUGGGAACAAUGAAGAUGAAUUUUUCAUGUAUGGUGAAGGAGCAGAUGGACCAGAAAGUGGUGAACCACUUAUACAACAAGAUUUUACUGAACCUGAAGUGGUCAAAAAGAAAAAAGUGCGAAGCAAAAACAAGUGUAAACGUGUAGGUAAACUCAAAGCCGGAGAGAAGUUGCCAAUAGUGUUCUUCCUCAACGGUCCUGUUGGGGUGAAUCGCAAUGAAUUCACGAGGUAUUUGGGUAAAUUGGUAACUGAUAAUACCAUUUGCCCAGUUCGUGUUCAUAGUUGGGGAGAAAUGGGAAAUGAUGUUGAAGAUCAUUUGUGGGCAGCUGUGAAGGAGAAGUUUACAAACCCUGAAAUGGAGGCUUAUAGGGGUCAUAUCUUCAAGAAGAUGGUCAAGGCAUGGACCAACUAUAGGUCCGACCUCAAUCUGAAGUAUGUAAAACCUUGCCAAUCCGUGGAAGAUGCUAUUGAAAAUGUGCCUUGUGGUAUACAAAAAGAUGACUGGGAAUGGUUGGUGACAGAACAUUACUUGAUUGAGGAGUUUAAGAAAAUAAGUGUUAGAAAUGCAAAUAAUAGAGCUCAAGGAUCAAUGCCUUGUCAUCUUGGAAGCAUGUCUAUUGGAGAGCUCACAUUUCAAAUGACAGACAAAGAAGGAAACAUGCCAAGUUUCAUAAAAGUUUUCUCGUGCUCUCGUAAAAAAGGAGGAGCAAUUGAUCCCAAGUCAGCUCGAAAAGAGGCAGAACUUAUUGAAACCAUGCAGCAGAAUCCUGGAAUUAAUGGUUUAGAUCUGGUGGAGAAAUGCUUUGGGCCACAAAAGCAUGGUGGUAUACUUGGAUAUGGAAGUGGGAUAACACCAAAGGAUUUAAGGACACCAAGAAAUGAAAAGAAUCCAGAGGUUGAGGCUCAACUUCAACGCAGUGAGGAAGAAAAGGCUGCUCUAGAAGAGAAAAAUGCAUCCCUUGAAGCUGAAAAGGCAGUUAUUGCAGCUAAGAAGGAAGCACUAUUUCAUCGUUUAAAUAACAUGGAGUCUAAUUAUAUGGUUGAGUUAAGGAGCUUGAGAGAAAUGGUCAUGCUCCAACAAACCACUUGGAGUUCGUUGCACCGACCACAUGACAAUCAUAAUCAAUAUAUAUAAUCAGGUGUUCAUAUGUUAAUGAAUUUCAAUGGACAAGGAAGCAUCCAGAUUAUCUAUAUGCUGGAUGGUUUUUGUGCUUUUAUGCUUCAAGAACGUGUGAAGCUCAUAUCUCUUGUCCAUCAUUUUGAGAUGAAGUUCAAAAGUAGAAAUUGUUAGAUUAUUAUCUAAUUCUAUAUUGAACUAUAUCAGUGUAAAGAUUUUUAACUUCAGUUCGUACUAGUGAAAAGUAUUUCAUUCUGUUAUGUGUCUAUAUAUGCAUACCAAUGGGAUAUUCAUUUAUAUUAGAGCAACGAUAUGAUCAUUCUACAUUGUUUAUUAAUUAUGAGGGGGAUUCAGUUAUUUUAUUACUUAUAACGACAAGAUAUCCAUCAAAAUUCUUCAUUAAUAAUGAGGGGAUUCAGUUACUUGU